GGAUUGGAAGGCGCGGGUCAAGGAGCUCAACGCCUCCGACGACCGCGGCAUCCAGGCCGCCCUGGCGCCACGCAGGUGAAGACCUUCGCCCAGCUGACCAUCGGGACCAGCGGCGCCGCCGACCUCGCCGCGUCGAAGGCCCGAUUCCGGGUGGUGAUUCUGGAUGAGGCCGACUCGAUGACCCACGACGCCCAGGCCUCCCUUCGCAGGAUCAUGGAGGAGUUCGUUCACGUGACGCGGUUCAUCAUAAUAUGUAACUACGUGUCCAAGAUCAUCGAGCCGUUGCAUUCCAGGUGCUCGAAGUUCCGCUUCCAGCCGGUCAGCGGGGAGUACCAGAAACACCGCCUGUUGCACAUCUGCGAGCAGGAGGGCGUGAGGCUCGGCCCCGGGGCGCUGGAGCGGCUGAUGCAGUUGUCGAAGGGCGACAUGCGGGCUGCUGUGAUGAUGCUCCAAACGUCCGCGACGUUCUACCAGGCUCUGUCUUCGGGGUGCAAGAUCUGCUCGAGGGCGACAUGCAGAACGAGCUCGUAGCCCAAGCUGGCGACGCGAGCCCCCGCGUGCUCCCCAGAGGUCUGCCCGCGCCGCCUUUUGGGCCUCGUCUUGUCGCUCCUUCGCUCCACUCGGGGCGGCUCGGCCGCCCUCCGGGCCGCGCCUCGUCCGCGCCGUCCGCUGGGCCCCGCCUCGUCUUGCCCCCCUCCUCCGGGCGGCCGUCCGCGCCGCUCGUGGCGCUCGCUCGCUCCCUCGCCUGCCCCGGCCUCCCACCGCGCUUCUCCCCCCGGCAGCUCCCUGCUGCCCUGGUCUCCUCGUGCACUCCGGCUCUCCGCCUGCUGCUCGCCCCAGUGCUUGCCCGCCUGCCCGACGCUGGCCUUCCGAGUGAGCUCGCAGCCUGCGCUGGCCCCUGUGCAAGGCCAGAGCUUCGCCCGCUCCGCCCUUAGCGGGCCUGGGCGAUCGCCCGAGCGAGCGUUCCGUUCCGUCUCGUUCAGC